AUGUCUACAAUUAGUGAUAAAAUGACUAAGACAAGCCUUUUUGUAACUAGAAAACAAAAUAAACUUUCAAAACCUUCUCUCUUGAUUGAACAGUCAAAAGACUUGGUUAUUGAAAACUCUAGUGAUCGCUUAGAUACGUCAAUGGAUUUUGCUAAUUGUUUGAUGAAAAACAUUAACAACAUUCGUAAAAUGAUUGUUAAUAGAAGUGAUCCAUACGAUAUAUUUGAGAAGAUCGUCGAUGAGCUAUCAGGAAAUUACAUGAAAUGUUGUGAAAUUAUUAAAAAAUGCGACGAAAAUAUCUUGACUCGUUGCAACGAUCUGAAUGAUCAAGUUGUCUCAUUAGAAAAUGAUAUGAUGAAUAAAAUCAAUAAUGUUCAACAGCAAUCAGAUAAUGAUAUUUAUUCUAUUGACUUGACUCAGAAAUGUAAGGACGAAGUCAAUAUUCUAUGGAUAACUUUUACGGACCAAGCUGAAAUUAAUGCUCUACGAAUGAAGAAUAAGUCUGAUCUGAUUCAAGAAGCUAAGAAAAUAUUCAGUCGAAUGAAUAUUAAGCUCAACAAACCUCACAAAACAAUCAUAGAUGUCCUAAUCCAAAAAGUAUCAGUCAAGACUGAUAACUCUUAUGAAAAUGAACUGAUAUUGGGAAUUAAAUUCACAAACUCAAUUGCUGUAAAUUAUAUGAAGCGUCAGAUCACGGAUUUUCGUAAAAAAGAGUUCAUUAAUGAAAAUUUUGAUUUGAUUCGUUACAGUGUUAGGAAUUUUUGGAGCUACAAAAUAUGGAAGUUGUUGAGAGUCUGCUACGAUUUAAAAAAUGCUAAAUUAAUUGAAAAUGUUAAUGUGAAUAGUCAAGGCGUUACUGUGUCGUACAAUAAAUCAACAAAUCAGCAAAAUGAUUUCAGACAAUUGGCACAGAAGAAAUUGAUCAGAAAUGAAAAUGACUUAAAUAUUCUAAGGUCUGAAAUUAAUGAUGUAUGUAAAGAAGUGUCUACUUUCCAAAUUUACAACGGAGAAUAUUUUAAAUUAAACUUCUAUGAACGUAAAGCUUUUAAAGAUAAUUUAAUUUUGCUCUGUUCUAAAAAUUGCAAUGCUGAAACUUUUUCACCUGUUUCUAAAAGCAGUUAUUCAAAUUUAAUUAACUGUCCUACUUCUUCCAGUAAAAUAAUUUAG